AUGUCGGAAAUGAAAGAAGAACCAUCCUCUCCAGGCCAAAUUGUAGCCCAGAGUCAGACAAGGAAAAUCAACGUGGAAAGGACCGGCAACAUCAGCGGUCUCCGAUACGUCACAUAUGGCUAUGAGGACCACCAGCCACGGACGGGCAUGGUCGGUGGCAUCCUCCAGCUGGAGGGGAGAUGGUUCGGAUUGACGGUGCUCACUCCCUUCCUCGAAGACCACCAUCACAAUGGCGGAGGCGGCCAGCCCUUCUGGUAUAGCGCCCCCCACGAGACGGGGUUCAAGUCGGCCGAGAUCUACGACGCCCGCGAGCCCCACGCCCUCUGGGGACGCAUCCCUCCGAAUCCCGAGACCUUGCAGCCCCUCGAGCAAUAUUUCUCCCGGUCAGAGAACUGGGCCCUUGUGGAGCUCGUGAACCAGGAGCUAGCAGAGACCUGCGUGCCCGGUCCGGAGGCGAGCUGGAUGCUGCUCCCCAGCAUGACGGACCGAGAGAAGCCCGUGCCGCGUUGGCAGCUGAUGAUUCCGGACCGGGUGCUUCCCCCCAGUGAUAAGCCGCUGAUGGUUGUGAAGCCCUUUGGGCGGCUGAAAAAAAAUGUGCGUAUGUGCUAUUCCUUCAAGUCGGGCGGUUUCCUUGCGGAGUCUGGAGCGUGGGUAAUCGAGGAGCUGCAUCUCAGCGUCGUCGGCAUCGUCCAGGGUUCGAAUCCUUUCACAAUUCAAGCCAUCCCAGCGUGGUCGACAUUUGACGAGCUCAAGCAGCGCUUUCCGGACCUCAAACCACCCUUGAUUUGUUGCGGGUUCCCGAAAUACAGUGAAUUCCUAGGCAGCGGGUACGACACCGACGACGUUCCCAAAAAAAAAAGAUAG